AUGGUUGCAAUUCCACGCCUUCCUUUCUGUUGCUUUGUUGUUCCCCUUCGAAUUGGCGCUUUCGUUAUCGCCGCAUUCAUGUUCAUUUGGAAUGCUUAUACUGGCGUCACAACAAUGUUGGUACCUUAUGGCGGUAAUUUAAGCAUAAUUUGGAAAGUAAUGGGAGGUUUCUAUCUAUUAGUCGCAGCUGGCGCAUUCUACGGCGCUCACGCAAUCUACCAUGAAAUUCCAUCAAGAGUUGCCAAAUUCGUGAAAAUUUACGUAGCUAGCAUCAUCGCCUACAUUGUCAUCAGCAUCGCAUUCGUUAUUGCUGUUAGCAUUGCCGUAUCUUCAGCACAUAGGGCUGCUGUGAAAACUUGUGAAGAUGCUGCGGCUCAAGCUCAGACUCAGAUCGAUUGUAAUGCAGGCUAUGUCGGUUAUCCAAUUGUCGCCUGGGUGUUUCCAUUCAUGAUUGCUUUGGCUUUCGAGGUCUACUUUGCCAUUUGCAUCAAUUCAUACAGCUUGGAAUUACAAGAACGCGACGAAAAGAAUACAGGCCGUGGCAAUAUGAUGAAUGCAUAA